AUGAUGCUUUCUAAAUAGAGUACAUACUAUCCUGAUGGCAGAGGAAGAGAUAUGUUUAUUUACAAAAAUAAUGGGGGAUUUAUAAAAGUAUAAAAAGUGCUUAAUUGUAAUAUUACAACAGGCUCAUUUAGAGAAAAGGAAGAAAAAAAAUUUGAAGGAUCACCUCCAUAACUUAAAAGAGUUAACUAUAAUCUAAAUGGCUCUGGAAGAGAUUUAUUUAUGAAAGAUGGACAAGUUAUGGUUGCUAAUUAAAAUAUGUAGAAGUUUAAUUUUUUAAAAUAACUACGCGCUUAUGAUAGCUUUCAACCUUUUAGGACAAAUUAUAAUCAAGUAAACUAAAGAAGUAGAUCAGAGUCGCCUUUAAGAAGCAGAAAAUUUAUUUGUCAAGAAAGAUAAAUCAGAAAUUUUAACCCUUAAUAUAAAAGUAUUGAUAUUGAUGAAAAAUAGCCAUAGCAUUUUAAAGUAAGAAUAGAAAAAUUUAAAUAAAUGCAAAACGAUUUGCAUGAGCGAAUUAAAUCAACAAAUAAGCUUCUAAGUGAUGAAGCUAAUUAGAAAACUGCUUAAAAAGAAAUUUCUACAAUCAAAGCUACACAUUGUAUUUAACAAGUCAAAGCCAAUUACUAAUCACCUCUUAAAAUAAAAUAAGAAAGUGAAAAAAAUCCAAACAUAUUUGAAACAAUAAAAAAAUUGUAGUUUUUAUAAAAUCAUAGAAUACUUAUUUUAUGA